CGCAGGUAAAAAACGAGACAAAAAAGAAAUCGAAAUCCAAGCGCACGAACAAAAGAGAGGGGGCAGGACAGACGGACGGAGCGCGAGGGGAGGGCAUGGUCUCUCUCGUCUCCGCCCUCCCGUCUCGAGCAAAAUCUCUCCUCUUCUCCCGCUCAGGUCAUUGAGUUAGUGAAAGAGGAGGAGGUAUCAUGGGUAUCUCAUCCAAGUGGAUUAAAUCAUUGGUCGGCAUAAGGAAGCAAGAAAAGGGGCACAAUGCAGAAAAACAACAAAAGGGACAAAAUGCUGAAAGCAGUGAAACUAGGAGCUCUUCUGAUCAAUCGCUGCACAAACGGAAACAUUCUUUGGAUCCUGAAGGUGCACUUGCAGUCGAAGAAAUUCCAGUGCAAAGUGAAGCAUUGACUGAUGGCAACGGCAUACAAACGAUUUCAAAUACGAUUUGUCCAAACAGUACAUCACUUGAUGUACAUGUCUCUCAGGCUGAACAUGAAAGUAAAGAGGAUAUGGCAGCAACAGUUAUCCAGUCUGCUUUUCGAGCAUUCUUGGCUAAACGUGCUUUACGAGCUUUGAAAGGAAUAGUUCUACUUCAAGCCCUUGUCAGGGGUCAUGCUGUUAGAAGGCAGACAGAAGAAACGCUUCAGUGUAUGCAAGCACUGGUAAAAGCCCAAGCUCGUGUACGAGCUAGACAAGUUCGUGUUGCCUUAGAAAAUCAAGUGGCACGGAAAAAGAUUCCUGAACAAGAUGAUCAUGAAAACCAUGUCCGAGAAGUUGAGGGAGGCUGGUGUGGUAGUAUUGGUUCCAUGGAGGAAAUGCAAGCUAAAGCAUUGAAAAGGCAAGAAGCUGCUGCUAAGCGUGAGAGGGCAAUGGCAUACGCUUUGACUCAUCAGCGGCAAGCUGGUUCCAAGCAACAAAAAUCCACGAAUCUGCAAGGUCCCGAACUUGAUGACAACCACUGGGGAUCAAACUGGUUGGACAGGUGGAUGGCAGUACGUCCAUGGGAGAACAGAUUACUUGACAGUAAUGCCAAAGAGAGUAUGCCAAAUCAUGAAGAUAAGCAGGAUGAGGAAACAAAGUCUCAGAUCACACCAAAGGGUAAAGUGCCAACUUUAAAUACUCCUCCUGGCCCAAGCAAGAAGAAAUGUGUAAACCACAAAAAGUCAUAUUCAGAUGUUAGUUGUACUUCAUUUGCUCGACCGGCAAAUGUUUUGCCAUCCACCUCUUUGGGAUCAUCCAAACAAAAGGCAAAGGUUACAGAUGAAGUUUUUGAGGAAGUCAGCUCCCAGCCAACAGAUGUAGCUUCUAAGGCUAUGCGCAAUCCAAAAGAUAAGCUCGAGCAAGCAAAUACACCAGCCAAGAAGCGGUUAUCCCUGCCAAACAACGUUGGCAGGGAGGCAGGAAAGGGGCCAACCCGCAGGAAUUCGAUGAACAGGUCUGAUCCAAAAGCAAGUUGAGUUACAGGCCUGAUCACACAUUCCUGAUCUCCCAAUCUGUAAGCAGUUCUUGGGGUGUUUCUUCAGCUGUGCGUGCUAUAUCUGUUGUACAUAACAUUCUCAAAAGACAUCCUGCAUCGGGCUGUGUUUCAUAUUCGUGUUGUGCAAUGUUGCUGGUGUGUUGUGCCGUCUUUUCUUAUGCUUUCACCUUCCCUGUAAGUUCUAACAUCCGAAAGGAGGACAUGUGUUGCGGUUGUGCCCGCCUGAAAACAAUGAUCCCGUGCCUGAUGUGUCCUUCCUUUCUCUGGUUAUAAAAUAAUUGCAAAAUUAUGCUUGCUUUUA